AGGAUAAUGCUUGUUGCUCCUCACGCCGCUGCUUAUUGCGUGGGACGACCUUGACAGACCGCCAGAUCAAGGCAGCUAAAGCAGUCAGUCCUUGGUAAGCGCGGAGGCAUAAAAUUACUGGAAGCGGCGCGCCAGCAAACACCUCCAUUCCGGCAUCAAAAUGGCCCGAAAGGCCGCCCACUAGUUAGUCGUUGCUUGACCUUGGCAGUGAGUAGAGACGCACGGCCUUCGCUCCCUCUCGCCUCCCGGGCCUGCUCAUCCACGCCGCUCGGAGCCGCAGUAAAUACCGGCGGAGUGCCUGGGACUCGACAUUACUUGAGAAUCUGCCGUGAUGGCUGCGAGGAGUGCGUGGACGGUGGCUGCGGUGCUGCUGCUGGUGCUGGUUGGCGCCGCUUCUGCUGUAGACCUGCAGGCGGCCCUCAAGAUGGCACAGUGCAGGGCACAUUGCCUCGAUAAGUUUUUGGGCGACGAAGUGACACAACACGAGAGCGCCUGCCACCACGACACGCAUUGUUACCAGUGCUGGGAGUCGUGCGAGAUGCUGGCCACCAACUUCCCCAUCUGGAGCCUCACCUGCGGCCAGCCUGACAUGUGUGACGAAGGAUGCGACGCCUCCUGCGACUUCCACGCCGCCCAUCCCAGGAAGGUGGUGCCCCUCAGCCAGCACAACUCCCGCCUCACACUCGUCUUCAGCGGCACGGCGGCGCAGUGGUCGCUGUCCUGGGGCCUGCACUCCCCCUCCGAGCACGUGGUCUUCGCACUCUUCACACGCUCACCCGGCAAGGCCUGGGAACUCCGCCAUCAGACUGCUGACUUCGGCGCCUCCCUAGACGACCUCAGCAGCGGGUCAGACAUGAAGUUGGUGGCCGUGGCGGAGUCAGGUGUGUUGUCUGUCAUUAUCACGCCCUACGCUCCCCCAGCACACCCCAAGGGCGUCGUGAAGCCCGCCCUCGGUAUGCCCCUGACGCAGGCCACUCGCGACCGCGCUGAGUCCAACGAUAUCGACGUCGGCGAUGAAGGGGCGUGGCCGCUGCUGCACGAGGCGGAGGUGGAGGCGUCGGGGCUGGUGGCGGCGAAGGUGUGGUGGCCGCCGCUCAGUCCGCGCGGCGCUGACUACCUGGUGACGUGGGAGGUGGAGGGCGGCGGACUGAAGGGUCACCUGUACACUGACCUGCCGGAGGUGGACCUGACGCUGUGGCCCGAGACGGUGUACCAGGUGCAGGUGGAGGUGAUGACGGGGCCGGUGGGUCAUCCUCUCCGCUCCGCCCACCUCACCCUCGACACCCACAACAUCACCCUCGCCGCCCACGCCCGCAAGAACAACCGCCUCAUGCCCACGCUGCCGCUGGUCCACAAGGCCGAGCCCCCGAUGUCCCUGGAGAUGUUGCUGGGGGCGGGGGCGGGAGUGUUGGCAGCACUGCUGCUGCUGGUGGGGCUGGUGUGGCGCCGCGCCCGAGCUGCUGCCAUAGGACACACCGCCACCGCCACGCCCGCCAAGUGGGGCACCUGGAACCGCACUCUCGCAGAUGUUACUCUGGACGAGUCGCUGGUCGUCAAGGGUAACAAGGCAGCAGAGGGCGAGGCUGGCUUCUCCGCCGUCACGCGCCCACACCAAGGGCCGGUGUUCACCCUCGCUCCCCCUGCACACUCCAACCCCAGCCAUUCAAUUCUAAGCUUUUCCCGCCCAGCUCACACCCACGUCAACCUGUAUUCUGUUGUGCCACCCCUUCAAGAGCGCUGCGGGCAGGUCACCAAAAUCUAAGAAGCCCCUGACCUUCCUGUGGCGGUAAUGACGAGGCGGAGGUUCAUGCGUCGGGCAAGAGUACAACAUGUAUUCACCGGCGGCCGUUUGGGGCUCGUGCAGCAGCAACAAGACGGCGGAGAGCUGCUGCUGAUGCCAUGGAGAUGUGCUAGAGGAAAAGUCUUAGUGCCCAGUGGUCUCUUACUGGUCGUGUUUCCAAGCGCUGGCUUCUGUCCUGACGUGAACAUUAGUCCCGCGUUCAGCUCCAACUGAGCAACAGUGCCAACGAUGUGAUGUGACGAAGAGCCUCUGUAAAGACACUCGAACUAACUGACCCAACUGAUCACGUCAGUGCAGUGUACAGCCAACAGUGCAGGGGUGAAAUGGAAAUUGGCUGAAAUAUAUAUAUUUGUCCAGUCAUUGUCCAUCCCCGUGUUGGCGGUGUCGUGCCAACACUGGUGCUGUGUGACCCACGCCUCUGUUCCUCCAGCUCGGACCAUUACCGAGGCGAACUUGCUCGUGUGCAUGUAAUAUUAUACGAUUGGAAGCCAAAGUUCCUACUUGAAGCUCAACGCACCGCAGCAAAUCCCGAGGAAGCAAUACUUUACCUUUGUUGAAAGCUGUCCACGCCAAGAAGUAAACUGACUUUUGCAAGAUCACUUUGACAAAGGUGAUGUUUGAAGGGUCGGCCUGCGGUGCGUGGUGCUGUGUCCGCCGAGUGAGAACCUCAAUAUUGAACAACCUGUGUAGAUGUAAACCAAAGAGUGAGUGAGCGUGAGCAUGUCUUCUAGUGUGAUUCAAGGCAUUAUAUAUAUAUAUAUAUAUAUAUAUAUAUAUAUAUAUAUAUAUAUAUAUAUAUAUAUAUAUAUAUAUAUAUAUAUAUAUAUAUAUAUAUAUAUAUACACGUAUAUAUAUACACAUAUAUUACUUGCUAGUGUCUAUCGAAAGUGUGAGGUGACUGAGGGACCAUUGAGGUGGGGCCUAGCGGCGGCGUGGCGGGGGGCGACGGACACCACACAGCAGGUGGCGCCUCGCCCCCUGGCUGAUGGCGCCGCCGCGGCUCAGCCUCGCCUCGUGUACAUACUGUAAUUACCUGUAUUGUGUACAAAGCUUUUCUACAGAAUAAACACUUUUUAUUA